UUUUGACUGGUUACCUUGCAGAACUACCUCUUUUAAACAGAUUUUGAUGAAAGGAUUUAAACCAGUCGACAUAUCAUAGACAUGGAAGGUCCAGAGAGAGUAAAGCUGAAUCUAAAGCCCUGCAGGAAUUGUGGGAGAACAUUCAAUCCAGAGUCAUUGGUAAAGCACGAAAAAUCAUGUAAGACUGUGAAUAAACCUCGAAAGGUUUUUGAUACAUCUAAACAAAGAGCGACAGAUGACUUGAGUUUGAAACAGAUUAAGAAUGCCCAGAAAAAGGCUGCAGCUGAGGCACAGAAAAAAGCUGUAGCUGAUCAGAAAAAACAAGUUGCUCCGCCCAAGUCUCAUUGGAGACAGAAACACGAGGAGUUUGUACGAAACAUUCGUGCUGCUAAACAAGCCCAAGUUGCUAUUGACAGUGGCGGCCCACUCCCACCACCACCACCCCCAUCGGAGAAUCCAGACUACGUAACAUGUCCGUACUGCAGUAGACGGUUCAACGAGAAAGCGGCAGAUCGUCACAUCAACUUCUGCAAGGAGCAACAGAAGCGCGUCCCAGCAAAACGAGUUCCGUCACAGCAGGAACAAAAACGAGCUGCAGCAACUAAGUACCAGCCACCAAAACCUAAAGUACGUGGUUCUCCUGGUGACUCUCCUAUGGCAGGAGGUGGAUAUGGUUCAUCGGGUUCAUCAAGGGGAGGUUACUCUGGUGGCGCACCUCCCAGGGGGGCACCUGCAGGAGUAAGAGGCACACCACCUGGUCCUGAAAUGGGUGGUAGAUCUGCAGGAGGGUAUAGUUCUGGCUCCCAAGUUUCUCGAGGCCGGGCUCCAGCCGGGGGUGCCGCUAGAGGUCGCCAGGCUCCUGCCUCCCAAGGAACCUAUGCAAAUAAAUACGGUGAUGCCAAUUCUGGUCAAAAUGGUUUAAUGGCUGAUCCCCUUCGAGUUCUGUCAGGGCGGUCCUUAAAACUUAGGGAAGACAGAAGGCCCGCCUCCAGAGAUAAACCUUCCAAUCAGAACAAUGUAUUAUCAACCAAUAGGGGCGCUAUGGACGGUAAAAAUCAUGCACGAUCGGCCAACAAAUCAUCACCAUCAUCAGGUCAUAAUCUACAUGUUACAGACUCUGGUUACCAUAGCAACAGUUCGGAAACCGAUGCCGCUGUUCCCAGAAUCCGAAAAGUGGGUCGGCCGAGUAGUGGCGUCGCUAAAUUCUGUCAUGAGUGCGGCACCAAAUAUCCAACAGCUCAAGCCAAAUUUUGUAUGGAAUGUGGCAUUAGAAAAAUAGAAAUACAUGCAAGAUAAAGAAAGAUAACUCUGAGUGGCUUACUUGACAUUUUCCCCUGAAAAUGAUUUUGAGUUGUCUCCCUUUAAUCAGGAGCAACACAGGUUACUUCAGGAGUAGAUUUAUUAUGUUAAGUUUUUGUUUCAGUUACAAAUAUGGGUAUCUUGUCAUAUGAUUAGUUUGGUUUAUAUUUUCACUGUUUGAGUCUUCUAAAUGUUGAUGGUAUACAAUUUGUCAUUGCAAAAAGUUUGAGUUAUUUUGAAAACGAUUUUUGGCAUGACUUCCAAGAUUUUUGACAUGGUUUCAAAAUUUGUAUGAGCAAUUGUUCAAUGUUGGGCGUUUUUAUAUAUCUUUUAAGUUAAUCAGUUUUUAAACACAAAUAAACAGAAAUGUUCUGGUUCAUUUAAUUAAAAAAAAAGAAAAGAUUAAUAUUGUUAAAAGAAAAAAAAAAAGAGGAGGUUUGAUUUUGAUUAUUUUAUGAACUAUUAUUUAGUUGGAUUUUUUCGCUAUAAGUAAUAGAUUGGCUGGUAAAAAAAAUUACCAGACUGUGAAUACCAUUUAAGCAGUCCUGCAAGCAGUAAAGAUUUGGACACAGUCUAAAUUAUUUUUGAUAUCUUGCCAAUUUUGCAUGGUACUACACUUCUUGUUCUGUUUUUUUACACAACUACACAUUCCAUGGCUUGUUAAGAAAUGUUAAUUUAUCCAUCAUUAUAUGAAUAUUCAUCAUAACUUAUUUCAUCAUAUUUGGUCAGUUAUGAAAAUCUUAUAAGCACCUUUGUGACCAUGAGUAACAUUGAUUCCGUUGGUUAAACAAUAUAUAAUAAGCAUUUUUAUGACCAUGAGUGACAUUAAUACCAUGGAUGCACUAUAUCUUAUAAGCACCUAAAUUACCUUGAUCAGGAUAUGUUCUUGUCAUUUAAAAGCUUUAAAAGAAAUUAGACAGGGACAUGCUAAUAUAUGUUAAUAAAAAUAAAAUUAUGCUCAUUUUAUAUGACCUUUGGAUGGAUAGAUUACAUUUAAUCACUUUUAUAACAGCGCUUAAUCUCAUAUACAUGGUAGUACAACUACAUGUUCAAUAAGAGAUUUUAAUUAUUAUGAUGUAAAAAAAAUGUCAAUGAAAUUGAAUUGUCGCUAUGGUAACAGAUGUUUAUGUAAGGUACAUCAGCUUGUCAUAGAUUAUAGAUAUUAUAUACUAGGUAGAUAUUUCAAUUAAUUGUGUUGUCGUGCACAGAAUUUUACAUACAUGUAUUUAUUUAUUUUAUUUGUCAUUUUUACAUUUGGAAAAUUGCAUGAUUUCUUGGUUGUUUUUUUUUAUUUUUUACAAAAGAAAUGUCCAUGGUUAUCAGUUGGGUUAAAAAAUACAUAACUUUGUUGUCAAGGAGAUUGAAAUAUUAAGGGUGUUUUUAUUCUUGCCCUAUACAGCCGAACCCUGUGUUAAAGACCACCUUCAAAUAAAGACCACCCCAUAAAUAAAGACCACUCUUCGACCAUCCUACAUUGAUAAACAUACAACAGUAUAGUCAUAGUUAUUGGUCAUGACUUGUAGAUACCCCCGAUUGAGGUCACAAUUUUGGGGUCACAAGGUCAAGGUCACAGGAUCCUUAAAUGUCAGAAUAGUUAAACUCUAAAUAAAGACCACUUAACUACAAUGGCCAUGUAUGGAAUCUCCUUCGGAUGGACUUUAUUCACAAGUUUUAUUGUAUUUUACAUUGAUGACAUACUUAAAGGUGGGUUAGUUUGGCAAAUCCAUAUCUGCUUGGUUAAAGGGGUCAUAUUGUGAUGGUGGAAUAUUCCUGAUUUUUCGAAGGACACAACUGGUGAUCAUGGACAUAGUGUAAUAAGUUUGCUUGAAUAUCUAAAUGGAGGGUGCACUUUAUACCAAGUAUAAAAGACAUAGAAUUAUAUUCAUUGUGUUUAUAUGUUAUUGUUGUUUUGAAAGAGAGUGAAUUGUAAAGGCUUUCAUAUGUAACCAGGUGAAUAAGGAAGUUUUACUUAGAUAGUUUUCUCUAUUAUAUUUAUGUGAUAUAUAUAAACUUCAUACUGUAAAUAGAGGGUCAAUGUCUCGCUGGGAAUAUAUAAUGAUUUGUACAGUAGUUUUGAUUGGUAGAACUCAUUUUGUAAAAGAGUCUCUGAUUGGCUGAUAUAAUUAUCAAUUUAUAUUUGAAAACUCCAUGUACUUUGAAUGGUUUUUGAAAUAGUAACAAACAGUUGAUGUGAUAACAGGUAUGCUGAAUUGUUUGAUUGGUUGUAGUUUUAUAUAACAGGUGCUCUGAUUGGUUGAAUCAUAUAAAGAAGAUUUUUCAAAAAAUUAAACAAUAAACAGUUCAUUCUAACAUAAAAUAACUCAAGUAAGGGGUUGAAUUUCAUGAUUUAUAAAUACUCACAUGUAAUAUUCUGUAAGAUAGGUAAAAAGUAUAUUUAGGUAAACUAUCAUUAAUAGUGCAAAUUAUGUCAAGCUUGCAUCAUUUUGUAGUCAUCAUUUUGUGAUAUGUUACUAUAUAUAUAUAGAUAUCUUGGGGGCAUAUUUGCUUUUAUCAUGAAGCACGAUAUUUAGUUAAACUUCAAACUACAUAUUUCUCAGACUGUAAAUAUUCAAGUAGUGUCACCAUUACCAUAUUGUCACAUUAGUGCAGUAAUGUGUUAACUUUUUGUAUAAUUUAAUAGGAGUUAACCUGUAACUGCACUAAGGUGUCAAUAUGCACAUUAUUAUUUUUGCUAAGCAUGGUACGUUUUCAUUACCAGUGUUUAGCCCAAACAUUAACCAUAAAGAGGAACCACCUGACAUGUGCUUUGUUUUUUUCCCCUUUUAUUUUCUUUAAUACCGUAUACAUUCUAAUAGUCAACUAAUGUUGUGACCCAUUAACACCUGUACAUUGUUGUGUUCAAAUUACGAUUUUUACAUCUUAAAUAUGUUUACAGGUAUUUCUUUAAUUAUAUAAUAUAGAUGAUUUUUAUUUUACAUUUUCAUGAGUAUCAUAAUGUGUUUUUAUUCUGUCACACCAUAAGAUAUUUCUCGAUUCCAAGGCAUUUCAGUCUUGAUUGUGAGGGUUGGAAGGGGGUUUGGGGGUGAGAAUCCAUGGGGUAGGGGGUUGUAGAGAAGCUAUCUAUGAUGGGAUCAUAGCAAAUGUCAUAAGAUAUUCUAAAUCAUUGUGUUACGUAGAUGCAUAAUAUGUAAUCAAGGUAAAGGGCACAUGUAUUUAUGCAAUAUAGCAAGACCAAACAUCAUAUAUAUAUAUAUAUAUUAUAUCAUCCAUUUCUUUAGUAGACCUGUAUUUGAAAUCCAAACAACACAUAUUGAUAUUGUCAAGUUGCGAUAUGUUACUAUUUAUAUGCUGCAGCUUCAUUGUUGUCUAUUUUUCAUAAUUGUACAAGAUUGUAUUGCAAAUUAGAUGUCGUUAUUGCAAGUAAGAAGGCAUUAUUGCAAGUUAUAAGCUGUCAUAAGCCUUUAUUGCAAGCAAAAAGCCUCUUUUGCAAGUAAGAAACCUCCAUUAAUUAUUAUAAGACUUUAUUCAAGUUUUGAAGUCUAUUGUAAGUAAGAAGUCAUUAUUGCAAGUUAGAAGCUGUUAUAAGAAAUCAUAUUUGCAAGUUAGAAGCUAUUAUUGCAGUUAGAAGUCAUUAUUGCAAGUAAGAAGUCAUUAUUGCAAGUUAGAAGCCAUUAUUGCAAAGUAGGACGCUGUUCUAAGCCAUUAUUGCACAGUAUAAAUCAGUAUUGCAAGUAAGACGUCAUUAUUGCAAGUAAGAAGUCAUUAUUGUAAUUUAGAAUCCCCUAUUAAAAAAAUUAGAAGUUGUCAUUGCAAAUUAGAAGUCAUUAUUGCAAAUUAGAAGUCGUCAUUGUAAAUUAGAAGUCGUUAUUGUAAAUUAGAAGCCACUGUUUCAAGUUAGAAACUGUUAUUGUAUACUCAAAGCCUUUUGUAAGAAAGUAGCUUUUUUUUUCAAAGUUGAAACUUUUUAAUAGCUCUAUGCAUGUCAUGGAUAUUGGAACAUUUUCUCUUUUCCCUUUUAAUAUGAACAAUGUUUUUCAGAAAAUUUCUAAUAUUGACCAACUUUUAAUAAACAUAAAAAUCUUUAAGUACAUUUGUAAAAUUCAGUUGAAGAAAAAGACCUUUAUACUGGCUAUUUUUAAGUUUUUAGCACUGAGGUCUUUUCCACAAUUUUCUGUUGUCAUAUUUUCACAAGUACCUUAUCUAGAUAGAUGGUGCAAGAGUAGUGUUUAAUUAUCUUGCACUUGAAAAAGAGCUGUAUGUAAAAAAAAAGGUAAAUCCAAUUUUCAAAAUUCAUGAGAUUUUAUCAUUAUUUUAUAUAUAUUUUAUCAAAGAAUAAACUGACUUGUGAUUGAGGAAUUUGUGUUUUAUGAAUAAGUUUUGUUUUCUAAGUGUUUAAAAAGAAAUUGGUAGGACAAUUGAAUAACUGCUUUGUUUUAUAUGAAACCAAAGAAUUUGAUUUCCAUAUAUUUAUUUUAUAAAAAACAAUUUUACUAUAAUAUGAAAGGGUUAAAGAAAGAUGAGUGCCUAUUUGAUUAAAUUAUUUACACUGUAUAUAUAUUUUAUUGUCCAUGCCGUCCAUUAUUUCAUAUUUUGCUGUCGUUAUUUUUAGCAGCUGAGAUAUUUUAUUUUUAUUUUUGAAUGAACAUUAUAAGAUUGAGCUACUCUGUGAUUAUAUGCAUUAAAAUUUGUUUAUUGUAAUUGUUCAAAAAUUUGUUAUAGGUACUGGGAAAACAAGCAUGUUUUAUCUAGAAUGUAUUUGUUUUCGGUUUGGCAGAUAGUAAAGGCAUUUUGAUUAAACAUUUACAAAAAUUAUAUGAAAGUCGCAUCUUCUAUGAAAGUCUAACAUGUUUUUUUAUUAUAGCCGACUUGAUUCUUGAGUACUAAAUUUAAAAAAAAAUUUUGCUUGUUUAGCUUUUCCAAAAAAUUUCUGUUUUAAGUCUUCAACAUGUGUAAGAAGUUGUUAAAAGUGUCUCUGUGGCUGAAUGGUCAUGGUUAUCUACUUCAAGUCACUUGUGGUCGCUUUGGGUUCGAAUCCUGUCAAUUAAAGAAAUCUACCAGCUAGCUUACGGAAGGUAGGUGGUUCUACUCAGGUGCCACUUUUUGCCUGAAAUAAUUCACAAAGGGUUACUUGAGAUCUUCCUCCAUCAGUAAAUGCUUACGACAAAUUUUGAAUUUUUAGCUCGACUAUUCGCAGAAUAAUCGAGCUAAUGCAGUCACCCAUUUGUCGGCGUCGGCGUCCCUGUGGUUAAGUUUUUGUAUGUAAGCUGGUAUCUCCAUAACUACUGAAGGGAAUGGAUUGAAACUUCACACAUAUGUUCUCUGUGAUUAUCUAAGAUGAUUGGCACAAGUCCCAUAACUCUGAAUUGCUUUUUUUCAUAAUUAUUUUUCGACUUAGAAAUUCUUGGUUAAGUUUUUGUAUGUAAGCUGGUAUCUCCAUAACUACUGAAGAGAAUGGAUUGAAACUUCACACACUUGUUCUCUGUGAUUAUCUCAUAUGAUUGGCACAAGUCCCAUAACUCUGAUUUGCUUUUUUUUAUAAUUAUGCCCCUUUUUCGACUUAGAAAUUCUUGGUUAAGUUUUUGUAUGUAAGCUGGUAUCUCCAUAACCACUGAAGGGAAUGAAUUGAAACUUCGCACACAUGUUCUCUGUGAUUAUCUAAGAUGAUUGGCACAAGUCCCAUAACUCUGAUUUGCUUUUUUUCAUAAUUAUGCCCCUUUUUCGACUUAGAAAUUCUUGGUUAAGUUUUUGUAUGUAAGCUGUUAUCUCCAUAACUACUGAAGGGAAUUGAUUGAAACUUCACACACUUGUUCUCUGUGAUUAUCUAAGAUGAUUGGCACAAGUCCAAUAACUCUGAUUUGCUUUUUUACAUAAUUAUGCCCCUUUUUCGACUUAGAAAUUCUUGGUUAAGUUUUUGCGUGUAAGCUGGUAUCUCCAUAACUACUGAAGGGAAUGGAUUGAAGCUUCACACACUUGUUCUCUGUGAUUAUCUAAGAUAAUUGCCACAAGUCCCAUAACUCUGAUUUGCUUUUUUACAUAAUUAUGCCCCUUUUUCGACUUAGAAAUUCUUGGUUAAGUUUUUGCAUGUAAGCUGGUAUCUCCAUAACUACUGAAGAGAAUGGAUUGAAACUUCACACACUUGGUCUCUGUGAUUAUCUAAGAUGAUUGGCACAAGUCCCAUAACUCUGAUUUGCUUUUUAACAUAAUUAUGC